AUGCCUUCUCCAUUUGUCAAGGGGAUCAGUCCACUGCACACCAAAAGAGCAGAGGAGGCACACCAAAAGAGCAGAGGAGGCGAAAUCAUGAAAAGAAAGGAAGGAUGCUACACUGAACAAAGAAGCUUGGAUCUUCUGCAUUUUGAAGCCAAACAAUUACCCAACAGUAAAAGGAAAGAAAUUCAAAAAGAGCAAAGGGUUGAAGAGAUGGGAGUAGCAGUAAGUCAGAGAACACAAAUGGAUCUUCUGCAUGCAAUGACAGAACUUAUUUGCAGGGAAAUACAGAGUAGAAACUUGGAGUUAAACAAACUAAAUGCAGAAGCCAUGAAGGGACAAUUUGCUAAAAUGGCCAAUGCGAUUGAGGGGUUGAAUGGUCGAAUAGAGAGAAUGGAGGGAGAUAGGAGACCGAAUCAUCAAAAUGAAGGUCAGAAUGAGAGGGAAAAUGAGAGGGUGAAUGUGAGAGUUAAUGAGAGAAGAGAUGAAGGCAAUACAAGUGAGGAAGAUAGGGGAGAAGAAUAUGAUAUGAGAAGAAGGAGAGAUAAUAGAGGAUAUAGGAGGGAUAGAGAUGAGGAAGAUGAUGACAUUAGGAACAUUAACGCACCUACUCCUAACUUUAUGGGUAAGAGAGAUCCUGAUGUUUAUUUAGAAUGGGAGAGGAAGGUAGACAGAAUUUUUGAUUGCCAUAACUACUCUGAAAGAAAAAAAACUUAA